AUGAAAUUUGUUGUCUUAAUUGUUCUGUUCUCCCUGGGAGUUCUCAGCUUUGAAAUACCUAGCCAGAUCUAACUUAAAUUAACAGAUGGCGAUAGCCUAGUUGUAACGCAGUCAGGAUCUCCCAUAAGGAAGAUUCAACCGCUUUGUGACCGUAAUUUCCACCAGGGAUGGCAGUGUCUCCUCCUUGCCUUCCGGCUCCAGUGUUGGGUGGCAAUCUUUAGACUUCUGCGGACUUGCUUGAGGCUGAGGGGAUACACAAAAACCCAAAAAAUGGGUUGUCGGUCGACCAUUGGCAAAAGUGGAAAUUUUGUUAACUAGGGUGUAACUCUUGGCUUUACGCUGGAAAAUUUGCCCGAUUGGUAUAGGCAUUACCUGUAGACUGGCUGGGCAUCUCCUUUCCAACAUCUGAGUCUCUCUUCCCUUGAGGUAAAAAUACUGAAUUGCUUAUCUAGCCUAGCUAUCAUCCUCUGAGUUGGCAAAAACUUGCUAGAUAUAAUUUAAAUACUCAAAGGAAUUGGUAUAGCCUACUGCAAAGCGCUAAGACGUCAUAUUUAAACUACCUAGCCAAAUCAAGGUCACAGAUCCAGCAGAAGAAGCCCUCGACGCCAGUACCUUCCCUAAAAACCCAGUAAAAAUCCUUGGAAAUUUCACCUUGGGUGUCGCCCAAGGUCUCCAAACCAAGCUAUCUCCUCUCUCAAAAUGCUAUAACAACACUGCUCUUUUGCAUCCAGGCUUUGAAGCAGUAGCCCAAAUGGCCAUUAAGUGUGCAUUAUUCAACUUCACUGCUUGCAACGAUGUCCCAGCCAUGCUGACCUUAUUCAACACAAAAGUGGAAACAGUUUACACUUCUUGCAAAUUGGCAACUUUGAUAUCUGAUAUUGAAGGUCUUAAGGAUCCUCAAACUUUCAGCGAAUUUAUGGUCAGAUUUUACUUGAAAAAGAGCGCUAUAACUGCUAACAAUGAUAAGAUGGUCACUUAUUUCAAGGCAGGGCAAUACCUCGAAGCAGGACAAAUGCUUGGCACUAAUUUGCGCCUAUUGUUCAGCUUCACAGUAAGUUAA